AUGCAAGCACUACAGGCCCAUGCGACGCUGAUCCCUGCUGCGUCCCUGGGACCCCGUCUGCCCCUGCGAGCGACAGCGGUCAGGGGCAUUCAUGGACGCUCUGCGGCAUCAGUCCGCCCAGCAAGGCAGAUUACCACCGUUCCAUGCCAGCUGCGACGGGUGAGGGCACAGGCCAUUCCCUCGGAGAUCGCCCAGCUGGCGGGCGAAGGAGGUUUCAUCGCGGGUGUAGCUUCCGUCAUGUUCGGCAUUACCCUUCUGGGUCUGGCCGUAGGCUUUGUCAUCCUGAGGUUCGAGGCUCUGACCGAGGAGGGCAAGAUCUAA